UUUUCGUGAAGGUCGCUUUGUUGGUCCAAGCCCUGGCACAAAAAAUUUAAGUGAGGUAGAUACUUUCUUUUCGCUAAUGCACCCGACCAUACAGUCCAUUAUUUGCCGUAAUACAAAUAGAAAAGGCAAGGCUGCUUAUCAAAUGAUUAAGGAUCAAACAGGAUCAACUAGUCAAUGCCAACAAAAAAAUGUUUGGAAAGAUUUAGACGAAGAGGAAUUGAGUGCGUUUUUUGGUAUCCUGUUGAUUAUGGGCAGCCAUAACUCAAACUGUGAGAACAUAAAAUUACUCUGGAAAACAAAUGCUAAUCCUUUGUAUAGAGCAACUAUGUCCUUGAAAAGGUUUUCGCACAUAUUACAAUUUAUACGUUUCGAUCAUGAAAACACUAGGGAAAAUAGAAUGCAAACAGAUAAAGCAGCACCGAUUUCAGAAAUUUUCACCAUGUUGAACGCUAAUUUGCGGGAUAAUUACAGACCAAGAGAAAAUCUCACAGUUGAUGAGCAGCUCUUUCCCUUUCGAGGUCGUACUAAGUUCACACAAUAUAUGCCAUCAAAACCAGCGAAAUACGGCAUAAAGUUAUGGUGGAUAUGUGACUCCCAAACCUAUUAUCCUCUGACUGCGCAAAUAUAUACAGGAAAAAGUAACAAUGUUAGAGAGAUAAACCAAGGGGAGAGAGUUGUUAAAGACUUAGUUUCAUACUACAAAAAUUCUGGUCGCAACGUAACCUGUGAUAACUUUUUUACAUCUAUUGCAUUAGCGGACUCUUUAGCAAAUUGGCAGAUAUCUUUGGUUGGCACGAUGAAAAAAAAUAAAGCCUGUCUACCAGCGGAGUUUAAAGCCUCAUCACAGAGAGAGGAGCUGUCAACAUUAUUUGGUUUUGGAGAAAAUAGAAUGAUUUGCUCAUACGUACCCAAAAAGAAUAAAGCGGUUGUUUUACUUUCAACAUUGCCAUUUGACCACACAAUAUCGGACAUCAAGAAAAAACCGAAUAUUAUUUUGUUUUAUAACAAAACAAAAGGAG